CGCCCACCUUUCAUCAUUUUCAUCUCUCUACGCACACACUCUCUCUCUCUCUCCAACCUAACCUUUUUAAUCUCUUCCUCCUCCUUCUCCCAUAAAAUUAUUAAUUUCAAAGAAAUUAAAAUAGGAAAAAAAUUUAAUUAAAAUCCCAAAAAAUCAGAAAACUCAUCACCUUCCUCUGUUUCUCUCUCUCUCUCAAUCCAUGGAUCCUUCUUUCUCUGCACCCAACGAUCCUCACCACCCUCCUCCCUUCACCGCUUUCCCAAACCCCUUCCCCGUCACCCAACACCCCUUCUACAGCAACCCCGUUAACUCCUCCCCCGUCGCGCCCCCUAACAACAACAACCAGUUCUUCCAACCGCCGCAGCCGCAUCCAACAUGGGUUCACCCUCCUUACUCCGAAAUGAUCUGCACUGCGAUAGCUGCGUUGAACGAAGCAGAGGGGUCGAGCAAGCAAGCGAUAUCGAGGUACAUCGAGAGAACGUACACAGGGAUACCACCUGCUCAUAAAGCUCUCCUGACUCACCAUCUCAAGUCUCUCAAGACCAGCGGCGUCCUCGUGAUGGUCAAGAAGUCCUACAAACUAGCUCUUGAACCACCACCUCCUCCCAGAUCUGACAAUUCAGUCAACGAGAUGCAAGAUCUCGCUCCGACAUCUACUCAGAAGAAGCGCGGUCGUGGUCGUCCUCCAAAGGCGAAACCUGAUGAUGCUGUUCAGACCAACGGAAAAGAGUUACCUGUUUCUCGACCGGAGGAGAAUAUACAGCCGUUACCGCCGCCGCAACCGCAACUUCAGCCGGUGGUUAAGAGGCCACCGGGUCGUCCUAGGAAAGAUGGAACUUCUUCCCCGACAGUGAAGGCUGCUCCUGUUUCCGGCGGUUCGGAGAUAGCGAAGCGAAGAGGUCGCCCCCCGAGCGGAAGAGCUGCUGGGAGGGAGAGGAAGCCAGCUGUUGUCUCAGCUCCGGUUUCUCUGAUCCCGUACGUUGCCAACGGUGGUGUCAGACGCAGAGGAAGACCGAAGAGAGUUGACGCUGGUGCUUUGCCACCACCGCCUAAAGCAGAGGUUGGAGGAGGAUCACAGGUUGCGAAGAGAGGGAGAGGACGACCUCCUAAGAUCGGAGGUGUGAUGAGGAAGCCUAUGAAGCCCAAGAGAGGCGGCUAUAUUCGUACUGGGAGACCCCUAGGAAGACCCCGAAAGAAUGCUGCGCCAAAGGGAGCUUCAAGACAACAAGAUAUUGGCUAUGGUGAACUCAAGAAGAAGUUUGAUUUGUUUCAAGAGAAAGCUAGGGAAAUUGUUAAUGUGUUGAAAGCCGAGGUCGGAGGAAGUGGAAAUCAAGCAGUGGUUCAAGCUAUACAGACUCUGGAAGAGCUAACAGUUACAACAACUGAGGAGCCACAGCACAUGGAAGAAGUGCACCCAGGUGAACAACACCAUGGAUUUGAACUUGAACCUGAGGGUCAUGGACAAGGGCAGGCGCAGACAGAAGCAGAAGCAAUGCAAGAAGCACUGUUCUAAAGAGAACAGCCUUGACAAAACUAAUAAAAGCUAGCAAGUGGUGAUGAUGAUGGGUGGGGCUUGCUUGUUGUGUGUUUCCAUGAAUUUAUUAAUUUUAUAAGGGUGUUUGCAGGAGAAAAAUCAUAAAAUCAAAACGAUGAUGAUUGUUCUCUAACGAAAAAAGGAGAGGUAGAGUGUUGUAUGUAAAGUAAUUAGGAUAUUGCCAUUGUUCAUGUACCUCUCUGGAUAUCAUCCAUGUCUGUAGGCUUUUGUUUUGUAGUUUUUACCCU